GAAAAGAGCAUUUGACAGCAAUUAACAAAAAAAAUAAAAAAAAAUCCUUGUAAUUUCUUACCGAACCAAACACAUUAGACAAGAACCAGCGAUUGCGUUAACCCAUUUUCUCUUUCUCUCUCAUCCCUCUCUCCUCAAUUCAGAUCGUUUUCAGAAUUCCGUCACUGAUCCUUCGAGUUAUCUUCUUUUGACUUUUUUCUUGAUGAUAUUCUCCGUUAUCUGCUGUCCAGAACAAACCUCACGAGAAGUCUGUUUUCAAGCUUCGGCUAGGUCAUAUUUAGAAUCCAUCUUCUGUGUUUUUUGAUGCUGAUGUCGUCAUGAAGCCGACUUAUAAUUGGUUUCAAGAGCUUGUGGUUCUUUGAUGCUCUCCAUAGGCGAUAUCACACCACUUUUUGUUAUUUAUAAGAAGCAUUAAGCAAUCUCUUAGCGGUUUUGGUGUUGGGCUAGGCAAAACAUUGCAGUUUGUCAUUUAAGUGAUGAUCAAACAGAUACUCAAUAGGAUCCCACGGAAGACACAUAAGUCAACCGAAAAUCGAGAUGGAGGGAACUCUAAUUCAUCUUCGAAUGCAUCAACCAGUUCAAGGGGCAACAGUGAUGUAGCAAAUAGUCGAUCUGGUAGUUCAAAUCCUACAUCUGGUCAUGGGCAAAAUCUUCAAUCUGCUUCAAAUACUGGCCUAACUCAAGGUUCUAAUAAGCUUGAUAAUGCUCCAAAUUCAAAGUUGAAUGGCAAUCCAGCAGUUCCCAAUGCAUACGAAGCUUUACCUAGCUUCAAAGAUGUUCCAAACUCUGAGAAACAAAACUUGUUCAUCAAAAAGUUGAAUCUGUGUUGUGUUGUGUUUGACUUCACCGACCCCACAAAGACUUUGAAAGAAAAGGAGGUCAAAAGACAGACUUUGGUUGAACUUGUUGAUUAUGUUUCUUCUGCAAAUGGGAAAUUUUCAGAAAAUGUGAUGCAAGAAAUAGUGAAGAUGGUGUCUAUAAACAUAUUUAGAAGACUCACACCACAACCUCGUGAUAACAAAAUAUUAGAAACUUUUGAUGGGGAAGAAGAAGAACCCUCCAUGGAUCCAGCAUGGCCUCAUUUGCAGCUAGUGUAUGAGUUCCUUCUAAGGUUUGCAGCAUCACCAGAGACAGAUGCAAAGCUGGCUAAAAGGUAUAUUGACCAUACUUUUAUAUUGAGGUGGCUUGACUUGUUUGACUCUGAGGAUCCAAGAGAACGCGAGUACUUAAAAUUUGUACUUCAUCGUAUGUAUGGAAAGUUCAUGGUGCAUCGUCCAUUUAUCAGGAAAGCAAUCAACAACAUAUUCUUUCGGUUCAUUUUUGAAACUGAAAAACAUAAUGGAAUUGCAGAGCUUCUAGAAAUUCUAGGAAGUAUUAUCAAUGGUUUUGCUUUGCCAUUGAAGGAAGAGCACAAGCUUUUUCUUGUUAGGGCAUUAAUACCCCUCCACAAGCCCAAAUGCAUACCAAUGUACCAUCAACAGUUAUCUUACUGCAUCACUCAAUUCGUUGAAAAAGACUGCAAACUUGCUGAUACUGUUAUUAGAGGUUUAUUGAAGUAUUGGCCAAUUACAAACAGUUCAAAGGAGGUGAUGUUCUUGAGCGAGCUUGAGGAGGUUCUAGAAGCCACUCAGCCACCUGAGUUUCAAAGAUGUAUGGUGCCUCUGUUUCGUCAGAUUUCUCACUGUUUGAGCAGUUCACACUUUCAGGUGGCUGAAAGAGCAUUGUUUCUGUGGAACAAUGACCAUAUUGAGAACCUAAUAAAACAGAACCGGAAAGUAAUCCUCCCAAUCAUAUUCCCGGCGUUGGAAAGAAACACGAAAAGCCAUUGGAAUCAAGCAGUGCGGAGCCUGACUUUAAAUGUUCGCAAAAUCUUCUCUGAUUCGGACCCUCAACUGUUUGAGGAGUGCCUGUCGAAAUUCCAAGAAGAUGAAUCCCGUAAGGAGGAAACCAUUUCCAAACGUGAAGCCGUGUGGAAACGCCUCGAAGAAGUUGCUGCAAACAGAUCCAUGGGCACCACUGCCCCUGGCUAGAAAAAUACCAUAUUCAUUAUUCUUACUUGUUAGACUUCCUUCACAAACAUCGCAAUCAUGGAUGGGAACAACGGAAUUCUGUUGCUGUUGGUGUUGGUAUGAUUUGAAUGCCAAGAAUAUGUGUAUAUGCAGCGUAUCUAUAUCUAUAUCUUUUAUAUAUAUAUUUGGUACGAGGUGCCCCUAGAGGUUGAAUUUCUCCCAUUUUGUUGUUGUCAAAAGGGUGACGAGAAAAAAGCUUUCAUUUUUCUUUUAUUUUUCAGCCAUUUGUUUCCUUUUCUUGUUUUUUUUUUCUCCCUCUAUAUAUCUCCUUGAAUUCAUCAAUAUGAUUGUACUCC